AUGAACGGGAUGGCAGAAGUAUUCCCGACGUUUUCCUAAGAUUUCCUGGAACACCAGGGAUGCCAGGACUACCAGGUCGUAACGGGCGAGAUGACAGACAAGGCCUCCCUGGAGCACAAGGACCUCCUGGUCCAAAAGGAGACAAUGGUCCUUAUGGAAAACUUGGGAGGCAAGGAGAUCCGGGACCUAAAGGACAAAAGGGAGAAGAAGGGCAGGGGAGGUCUGGAGUCAGUUACGUGCGCUGGGGCCGGACAAGCUGUGAGGGAGAUGCUCAGAUUGUGUAUUCGGGCUUCGUGGGGAGUGGUCACCAUAGUCACACAGGAGGAGGAGUAAAUCAUAUAUGCCUGCCAAACCAACCAAAAUAUGGAAAGUUCACCGAUCAUUUUGAAAGGACGGGGGCCAUCUAUGGCACUGAGUAUAAAAUGAGCUCAUUUAAUCCUUUCAAAAGAAAUGUGCAUAAUCACGACGUCCCCUGUGCUGUGUGCUACAUCGGAUCAAGAGGUACACAAGUCAUGAUGCCCGCAAGGGAUGACUGCCCUAAUGGCUGGCACGAAGAGUAUCAUGGUUACCUUAUGACAGCACAUUGGGACCACCAAAAUCCCAGUAAUUUCGUAUGUGUUGAUUCGGAUCCAGAGUCGGUACCAGGAAGUUUUGGCAGUCAUGAUGGUGCAUUGUUGUAUCUGGUGCAAGGUAAUUGUGGGUUUUUCUCAUCGUGUCCGCCUUAUUACCAAGGGCGAGAGCUCACAUGCGCAGUCUGCUCAAAAUAACUAUUGGUAGGAGAGUUAUUAAUUUGGUAGCUGGGUCGACAAAAACAACGUUUCCAGGAAAAACUUCACUUUUAGGAGGUUAGAAAAAUAAAUCGAC